AUGAAUUCCUUUACCCAGCCCGAUUACUCGACACCGUCCAAGAGGACGGCUGUGUUUGAGCCUGGUAAAGUAUCUAAAGAGGCUCAACUGAAAGCCAGGGAGAGCAUAAAGAGACCGAGCUUGAUUAUACCUACACCGGAAUCUUCUCCCGUACAACACGCCAGCUGUUCAUUGAGUCACCAACAGGAUCAGUUUUCAACACCAAAGACCAACUUUUCAACCACUGCAUCACCAAAGUCUAUGUUUUCAACACCUAUCACUGAAACUUGUCAACUGCCAAUCUCUCCAAUGGCCUCACCCAUGAGGUCAAGUCCAACUUUACUGAAAUAUCUACCAAUAUCUGCCUCGAUACCACAGCAGGAUGUGGAAUCGCAGAUUGAGGACUCUUUGAUCGAUGAUGUAUUCAAGUUUGAUGUUUCAAGGAGUACAAUAAUUGGCCGUGGUUCUUACUCAACAGUGUUACAGUGCUCUUGUCAGGACAAUCUGUUUGCCAUAAAGAUACCUACAAGCGUGAAAACAUCAAAGUGGAUCUUUAAAGAGAUGCUAAACUAUAAGAUAUUCCAAAAUCAUGCCAUUGUUAAUCACUGGGAAUUGGAAAGUCUACCCGUGCUGAACGUCUAUGGAAUAACGAUGUUGGAUAGAUCGCAGUAUCCAAGAAUUAGGUACGGAGAAACCGUGCCUUGCAUAGUAUCGGAAAGGUUAUCAUAUUCGCUGACCACACUGGCCGAAUCACAGCCUGCUACUUCAACGACUGAGUUGCACAUAGGCUCAAGUCUAUGGUGGAGAUUGGCAAGGCAGAUAUUGACAGCAUUACAAUUGCUCAACGAUUGUCAUUUGGUUCAUAUGGACAUUAAGCCUGCAAAUGUUCUAUUUGACAACAAUAUGUCAUCCUUCAAGCUCUGCGAUUUGACCUCAGCUGCCCUACAAGAGGAUGUGAUAUCUGAAUACCAUACGAAAUUACAAUUGGGAGCUUUCUACGACGUUACACCGCAGUACUGUGCACCUGAGUUGAUGGAAUCACCACCACAUUAUCCUUCAUAUAGCUCUGAUUUAUUUGCUGCGGGCCUUACGCUAUUAUACGCCGCCACUGGCGAACAACCUUAUUCUCAGGUGUUAUCGUCCGUUGGAGUACCAAGCGUUUAUGUAACGGAAUGCAUCAAGAAGAACAAGGCACUGGAGUUGGUCUCACCAACAGGGAUCAAAAGACUCCAAUCGGACACGAGAGCUUUCAACUUGAUACAAAGAAUGAUAGUAUCAAGGGCUUCUCUGGCAGAAUGCAUGGACAUCGUGGAUGACUUCGCACAGUAUUGA